GGCUGUGCUGUGCUGCCCGCAGGUAGGUCUAGCAAGAUCUGAUUAAAAAAAACAACAACAACAACAACAAAACAAAAAUCGGACCUCUUGUGUUGUCACUAUACUGAGGUGUCUCAAGCUCUACAUCUUCAGGUUGCAACAGGCAUAAAUAAAUGAUUCAUGAUGUUGACAGUUACAUUCUUGGCUGCUUUUGUUCUUACUACAGUAAGUUCACAGGAAACUGAGGAAACCAUAACAUACACGCAAUGUACAGAUGGCUAUGAAUGGGAUCCCUAUAGGCAGCAGUGUAAAGAUAUUGAUGAAUGUGAAAUUGUCCCAGAUGCAUGUAAAGGUGGGAUGAAAUGUGUUAACCACUAUGGAGGAUACCUCUGUCUACCUAGAACAGCCCAAAUUAUUGUAAAUGAGCAAGAUGCAGCAACUGCUGAUUCCGCUGGUGGACGGAACAGCGUAAUUCGACGUACCCCUGUGGAUGUUCAGCAAGGACCUCCAAAUCCAACUCAUCAAAUACAGUGUGCAACUGGGUAUGAGCAAAGCGAACAUAAUGUAUGCCAAGAUAUAGAUGAAUGUGCAACAGGAGCCCAUAACUGCAGGACAGAUCAAGCAUGUGUCAAUUUAAGAGGGUCCUUCAGAUGCCAGUGUCUCCCUGGUUUCCAGAAACGAGGAGAACAAUGCAUCGACAUCGAUGAAUGCACCCUCCCUCCAUAUUGUCACCAUAGAUGUGUGAACACUCCUGGGUCCUAUUAUUGCCAGUGCAAUCCAGGAUUUCAAUUAGCAUCGAACAACCACACUUGUGUAGACAUAAACGAAUGUGAUGCCAAUAACCCAUGUGCGCAACAAUGUUACAAUAUACUUGGUUCUUUCAUCUGUCAGUGUAAUCCAGGAUUUGAGUUAAGCAGUGAUAGAAUCAACUGUGAAGAUGUUGAUGAAUGCGGAACUUCAAGUUACAUAUGUCACUAUCAAUGUGUCAAUGAACCAGGGAAAUUCUCAUGUGUCUGCCCUGAAGGAUACCAAGUAGUAGGAGGUAGAACAUGCCAAGAUAUAAAUGAGUGUGAGACCACUAAUGAAUGCAGAGAGGAUGAGAUGUGCUGGAAUUACCAUGGUGGAUUUCGGUGUUAUCCAAGAAAUCCUUGUCAAGAACCCUAUGUCCUGACAUCUGAGAAUCGCUGUGUUUGCCCGGUGUCAAACACCAUUUGUCGAGAGCUGCCCUACUCUAUUGUAUACAAAUAUAUGAGUAUCCGCUCAGACAGAAAUGUGCCCUCCGAUAUUUUCCAAAUCCAGGCAACCACUAUUUAUCCCAAUACUAUCAAUACUUUCCGAAUUAAGUCUGGAAAUGAAAAUGGAGAGUUCUACCUGAGACAAACAAGUGCACUAAGUGCAAUGCUCGUAUUGGUGAAGUCACUGUCGGGACCAAGAGAACAUAUUGUAGAUCUGGAGAUGCUGACAGUCAACAGUUUGAACUAUCGUACAAGCUCAGUGCUAAGAUUAACAAUAAUAGUGGGACCUUUUGCAUUUUAGUUGUCAUCAGUGACCCUUCACUGGCACCUAAAACAGCCAAAGAAUAUUAUCAAAGAAAGCACUUACUAUUUUAUUUAUAGAUUUUGCUUUUUUUAGAUUUAUUUAGUAAAUUGAUAUCUGUAAUCCACACAUUACACCUGUAACUCAAAAUUAGUACGUGUUCCAUAUUAUAAUGUGAGCAUUGUCACUUUCUGUAUAAAGAUUAAAAUCUUGCCUCUCUUAUCAUACUCGGAUUAAAUACCUAUUACACUUCUGUACAAGAAAUUUAUGCUUACACUUUUGUAAAAGUUCACAUUCUUUUCCUAGCCAAGUAAUUCAUGCAAUUAAAAAAGU